GCAGGAUUACUGUGUGUGUUUGUGUGUGUGUUAUCACACCUGUGUAUGACCUUACCUGGAGCUUUAUUUCUAGGAGGAUGCUGCUUUGAUACUUCAGGUGUCUGUGAGGUGUGUUUUUGGAGGAGGUUGAAGAAGAUCUUCUUGUUCCUACGGAUUGACAGGAGCCGCAACUUAAUGAUCAUCGCACCUUAGUGGGAAUAUCAGCAAACAACAGCGGAGAAGGAGAUGGAGUUUCGAUUCGGCCUCAGGAUCUCUCUGGUCCUGACCAUACUGGCUCUGACUCUGUACGGAAGGGGUGUUGAAGGACAAAGGGCAGGUUGCAAGAAUGUCCACUAUGAUCUGGUAUUCAUCUUGGACACCUCUUCCAGUGUGGGCAAGGAAAACUUUGAGAAGAUCCGGCAGUGGGUGGCAAACCUGGUGGAAUCUUUCGACGUAGGUGCGGAGAAGACACGUGUGGCCGUGGUUCGCUACAGUGACCGUCCCACCGCCGAAUUCAACCUGGGCAGGUACAAAACUCUCGAGGAGGUCAAGCGUGCCGCUGGGAACAUCCGCUACCUGGGUGGGAACACCAAAACUGGAGAUGCCAUCAGCUUCACCACCAACAACAUCUUCACGGAGAGGACGGGGGCGAGGCCCGCCGCCAAGGGUAUUCAGAAAGUUGCGAUCUUGCUGACGGACGGCAGGAGUCAGGAUUUUGUUUUGGAGCCGUCGGUUGCUGCAGCGGCUGCUGGAAUCAGGUUGUUCGCUGUAGGGAUCGGGGAAGCUCUUAAGGAGGAGCUGGAGGAGAUCGCCGCCGAGCCCAAAAGUGCUCAUGUGUUCCACGUGACGGACUUUGACGCCAUUGACAAGAUCAGGGGCAGGUUGAGGAGGAGACUCUGCGAGAAUGUUCUGUGUCCCAAUAUGAAAGUCCAGGCAGGACGUUUCAGACCGAACAGCACCAGUGCUGGGCAGACGGAGGUCCCAGGUUUUGAUUUGAUGGAAUACUUCAACGUGAGAGAUUUUCUCGGAGAAAAAUUCGAGCCAGGUCAGACCCCGUAUGUCCGCCUCGGUGCCAUGCCCAUCGUCCAACAAACACAAGAUGUCUUGCCGCAGGGUCUGCCUGAUGAAUAUGCCUUCGUGACCACAUUUAAGUUCAGGAAGACGUCUCGUAAGGAAGACUGGUACCUGUGGCAGGUCUAUGACAAAUACGGCAUCCCGCAGGUGUCCAUCCGUCUGGAUGGAGAGAACAAAGCAGUGGAGUACAACGCCGUGGGCCUGACGAAAGAUGCGGUCCGGGCAGUCUUUAAGAACCCUGAGGUGGAAAACCUGUUUGAUCGUAACUGGCAUAAGAUUGGCAUGAGGGUGGACUCCAAAUCUGUGUCCCUGUUCCUGGACUGCAAGCACAUUGAGACGGCGCCCAUAGAGGAAAGAGAAGACAUUGACAUCCAGGGAAAGACUGUCAUCGGAAAGAGACUCUAUGACAGCGUUCCCAUUGAUUUUGACCUCCAGAGAAUGGUGAUCUACUGCGAUGGUAAACAGUCUGAGCAGGAGACGUGUUGCGAUAUUCCUGGUGGACCAUGUGAACAAUCUUUGGCAACCGAGGCUCCCCCAGUCCCGUUGCCCACCCCAAAACCAACAAGUGCUGAGCAGAAGAAACCGGCCGCGGUCAACUGCUCCUGUCCUGCAGGGGAAAGGGGUGAGACAGGUCUACCGGGUGCCACGGGGCCCAAGGGUGAAAAGGGGGAUCCUGGUCUUAAAGGGGCAGAAGGACCGCCAGGGCUCAAAGGGCUGAAAGGAGAACGUGGCCAGGCUGUCUCUAUCAAAGGUGAUAGAGGAGAAAAGGGCGGUGCUGGAAAUAAAGGAGACAAAGGAUCCUCUGGAGAUAGGGGCGAGCCAGGUUUAGACGGGUUUCCAGGUAAACCAGGUGUUCCAGGAAAGGAUGGUCCUAGGGGGCUGAGUGGCGCUCCUGGAUCAAAUGGAGUCAAAGGAGAAAAGGGGGAACAAGGUCCUGCUGGAAUACCUGGCGAUGCAGUUCAGUUGGCAGGACUCAAAGGGGAGACUGGCGUCCCAGGAGAACGAGGACCCCCAGGAGCGGACGGCCCCCCUGGACCUCCUGGCCCACCUGGACCUCCAGGUUUGCCCGGUGAGAUGGGUGAGAACGGACAAAGGGGUAAAAAGGGGGAUGCAGGAUUGCCGGGAGUUGAUGGUCUUCCAGGACCACCCGGUCCUCAGGGGCCUCCUGGUCUUAGUGGCAGCCCUGGACAGACGGGACCUCCAGGAUUACCCGGUGAAAUCGGCUUCCCGGGAAAACUAGGAGAAGCAGGAAAACCAGGUCUGCCAGGAAAAGAUGGAUUGGAUGGUUUCCCUGGAAACGACGGCGUGAAGGGCGAACGAGGAGAACCCGGACAGGACGGUUUCCCUGGUAAACCGGGAUCGAAGGGAGACGAAGGCCCUCCAGGACCCCGAGGACCUUCUGGUGAACGGGGAGAGCCUGGUUUGGCUGGACAGGUCGGCCCGAUGGGACCCAAAGGAGAGAGGGGAGGCCAAGGUGAAAGAGGGAAAGAUGGACCUACUGGCUUCAAAGGAGACAAAGGAGACAAGGGUGAGGUGGGCCCCAGGGGUCCAGCCGGGGUCCCAGGCAAUGUGGCCAAUGUGAUUCCUGAACCUGGCGAACCGGGCAAGCCGGGAGAGAAGGGAGAGAAAGGAGAUCAAGGAAAACCAGGCGAGAUGGGUCAAAGAGGACUUCCUGGAGAGCAGGGAUUCAGAGGACACUCCGGACCUGCGGGCCCUAAGGGUGACACUGGUGAUAAAGGAGAGGCAGGGAGACAUGGAGACCCAGGUCCGCCCGGAUUGACGGGCCCUCAGGGGCUCAGAGGGCUGCCAGGCAACGUGGGUAUUCCAGGCAGCAUCGGUCCACCUGGUAUCGCUGGACAGAGAGGAGAGAAGGGAGAUGCAGGUAAAGAUGGUCCUUCUGGACCCCCUGGUCCAACCGGUGAGCCUGGUUUAAGGGGAGAAAUCGGUUUGCCAGGAAAAGGCAAAGAGGGAACAAAGGGUGAUACAGGACCUCCGGGUCCAGCUGGACCUCCCGGACUGAAGGGCUUGCCCGGCCCACAGGGCAUGCCAGGAAUGCCAGGAAACAGAGGACCAGCCGGAGAGGGAACCACUGGACCUCAGGGGCCUCCCGGACCUCCAGGGCCGACAGGAGCCGCGGGUUUGAGAGGACCUCCAGGAGUGAGCGGACCACAGGGACCCGCUGGACAUAAUGGUUUACCAGGAAGACCUGGAGAGAAGGGCUCAGCUGGAGAACCAGGAAAAGCUGCAGACCUUUCUGAUCUGAAGGACAUUUGUUCAGAUUGUCCCCCUGGACCAGCUGGACAACCAGGUACUCCAGGACCUCCUGGUGACAAAGGUCAUACUGGACCACCUGGGAAAAACGGACAGGAUGGAUAUGCGGGUCCUCCUGGACCAACAGGACCCGCUGGACCUCCUGGUGCUGAUGGAACCAAGGGGGUCAAAGGUGACAAAGGUGCUCCAGGAACACCUGGAGAUAAGGGUGAAAAGGGUCACUCAGGACCUCCUGGUUAUCCGGGGGCUGCAGGAGCCAUGGGUCAACCUGGUAAUGAUGGAAACCCUGGACCUAUUGGACCACCUGGACCUGCUGGAGAAAAGGGUAAAGAAGGACUGAAGGGAAUUCAGGGACCUCCAGGCCUGCCGGGUCUAAUGGGCAUGAUGGGUAAACAAGGAAAGGAUGGCAGACCAGGAGAACCUGGAGAGCCGGGUAAACAGGGAGAGCCAGGAACACCAGGAAGAGAUGGACUUAGAGGAAUGCCCGGUUUCAAAGGUCACAGAGGGGAACCAGGGCCUCCAGGGUCAAAGGGUGAAGAUGGGAAGCAGGGUGUUCCUGGACGUGAGGGUCCAGCUGGGAAAGAUGGUAAAACCGGACCACCAGGGCUAGAGGGCAUGAGAGGACCACGAGGAGAAACCGGUCAACCUGGAGAACCAGGACCAGCCGGCAAGCCCGGAUCUCAGGGAAAUCCUGGUCAGCCAGGACACAAAGGUGAUGCAGGGAUCCAAGGAUUACCUGGUUUCCCAGGUCCAAAAGGGCCAUCGGGUCCGGCUGGUCCAAUUGGCCCAGAGGGAAAACAAGGCAUGCUAGGAAAACCAGGAGACAGAGGACAGAAGGGAGAAAAGGGUGAUAAUGGAAUAAAAGGAGACAAAGGACCCGUUGGUGAUCCGGGUAUUCCGGGUAACCCUGGGCCUCCCGGUAGGAAGGGUCACACGGGGAUGAUGGGCAUGUCGGGACCCCCUGGGGAAGUGGGUCCUGCUGGGCCCCCUGGUUCUUCAGGACAGCCGGGACUCCCAGGUCUCAGAGGUGAGACGCCAUCACUGGAACAAAUGCGACGACUCAUUCAAGAGGAACUGUCCAAACAAUUGGAUGCUAAACUAGCUUACCUCAUGGCUCAAAUGCAACCCGCUCAUAUCAAGAGCACGGCUGGCCGUCCCGGUCCGCCUGGUCCCCCAGGUAAAGAUGGAUCUCCUGGCAGGCAAGGUCAAACUGGAGAGCCUGGAAUGCCUGGACAAAAUGGAGCAGAUGGACCCAGAGGUCCAGCUGGUCCUAAAGGUGAACGAGGCUCAAAAGGUGAAAAGGGAGAAGACGGUGUUGGACAGAGAGGAGAGCAAGGUCCAAUUGGCCCCAUGGGUCCAGCAGGAAUGCCAGGAUAUGGAAAAGAUGGUCUUCCUGGAGCCGCAGGUGCUCAGGGAGAGCCCGGUAACCCUGGUCCUCACGGUCAGCCCGGACCUCCUGGACCGACAGGGCAGUGCGACCCCUCACAGUGUGCCUACUACGCCAGUCUGGCAUCAAGACCUCACACCAAAAACGUCAAGGGCACUUAAUACACCCCUCACGGUCCUGGGCUAACACCUAUUUAUGAACUUGGACAUUCAACGAGCCGCGAAUAUGUUCUGUACCAUCAGGAGAACUCCAGCGUCUGAAGGGUGUGUAAAUAUGUGUGUGUGUGUGUAAAUGUGUGUUUGUAAUAGGCUUUUCAAUUUGGUUAAUGUCUUCUUUAACCCUGAGUUGAGUCCACUUUUAGCCCUGGGUUUAUAGACCUUAUGAAGCCCCGCCCCUUUUCAGCGCUGCGCUUGUUGUGUUCUGUCGUCCGGUUUGUGUUUCCACAGCAUGAAGGAAAGAUCUCACUGAAUUGUGAAUGAACAUUUUAAAAUGUCAUUGACAUUUAUGACAUCCACUUCAAACAUUACAAUGCUCACAAUAGAUUUAGUUAACUCUACAAUAAGUAAUUCCACUUCAUCCUCUUCAACAGUGAUGCCAUCUGUAACAAAAUAUACACUUAUCGCAAAAACAGAAGUUCAAACGCAAGACGGCUAUGUGCUUGUUUUUCUGGCGCACAAGGUCUAUAGUUAUGAAAAAGUGUUAGCAUUUAGCAUUAGCGCUUCCAACUGUGGGUUGUGAAAUCCAGCUCUAGAUUAACCAUGAAAGGUGAUUGUGAUCAUGGAAAAUGUGCAAGUCAUUUCUAUAGUGGAUAUUACAAAAAAAUGUGUCCUUGUGAACUCCACAACAUUGAAUCGCUUAGAUAUUUUGAAGUUGCGUUCUUUCAAUGAAUCAGUUGAACUGGUUCACACAUCGGUCAGAAUCUAUUCAUUAGCGAGUCUUUCUGAAUCAAAAGGAUUUUUACCAUUAAUCACAAAUCGCUUAGAAAAGUCAUUUGCUCUAAAAUCUUGUAAAUGCCUUAAAUAUUAAUGCUAACACUUCAGCGAUUGUACAGUGUCUAAAACAGAUAAACGUUAAGAAGAGACAGUAUUUUACUGUGCUUGUCCACUAAAUGAAUUUAACCCAAUAAUAUGCUAACAAUAAUAUUAACCAAGUUUGUAAAGAUUUGACACUCUACAUGACAUCUCAGGAUUGAAUGCUACCUAGUAUAGUGUGAAACACAUUAACCCAGGGUUAAAAACUAACCCAGGGUCAUCUGCUUCAAGUGAAGACUUCAUAUAAAAGACAUUUACUUACCAGACCGUGAUGUCAUAGCGACACAGUCUCAUGCCGUUUACUGAGGUCAUGGAGUAGAUGCAUUGUUAGUGAUAUUGGUAUAUUGGCUCAGGAUGUGCUUUUCAAGUCUGAGGUUUAUUGAUGAAGCUCUCCGUUCCUCCGGGAAAAGACAGGAACGCUUUUGCACUCAUCAAUAGGAAAUCUCGUUGGGGAUCAUUAGAGGUCCUGGAGAUGGAGGACAAGUGCAUUUGUGCUCUUUGUUUUUUUGUAAGAUGCAUCUCUUUGUAGCCAUGCAUCAGGUAAAUAACUUGCCUUUUCUUUUCAUUUCGGAUCAUUAAACUUGCGUUUGGGAUGACUGAAAGGCAGCUGCUUAAUUCAGUGCAUGUUUAAUAGUUAAACACAGUUUAAAACGAUUGGCAAAAAUGUCUGUCGCUGCAGAAAUACACCAUUGAUGCCGCUUAUAAUGUCGUUUGUAAUAGGUUUGCGUAGCACUUUCCGGUUCAAACGACAUUGCCUUUGUCAUUAUGAUGGUUCAGGAACACAAAGUCCUAGUUAAAGGUCCAGUGUGAGUGUGCACUAGCAUCUUUUGUGCCACUAAAGCGUUCAGUUAAAACUGUUGAAGCCACACACAGUUACGCAUUACGUUGCCAUAUAAGCAUUGUAGCAGAUCAAGAAUAAAUCUUUUUUUUUUUCCACAAUUAUAGAUUGUGAGUUAUCUUGACUG